AUGUCAUCGAACGACGAACCGGUUGUCGCCCCUGCUCCUGUGGAGGUAGAUGAAAAUGAGCCCCCGUCUACCCCGGUAGAGGUGAGUGUCGUCUCCGGUGGUGAAGAUUUGGUUAAGCCCAGUCCCGAAGUGUCCAAGGAGAACCCCCCAGCCUCUCUGGGCAAGGCUAGCCCUAGUACACCUGGUACCGCGAAGCGUUCUGCAUCUGGAACAGCUACCACUAAACGGCCCACCUCAUCCUCUGCAUCGAAAACCACGACGGGGACCGCCCGCCCGACCACCACCACCAGCACCCUGAACAAACCUCCCACUCGUCCCACGAACACGACAGCCACCCGUAAGCCACUGAGCACCUCGACAGUCUCAUCUCACCGGUCUCGCAUGUCAGUCAGCAGCUCCGCAGAUGAGAAGCCUCGGUCUGUGGCGAGCUCGGGUGAUGAGAGGCGGGGAAUCUCUGGCACCGCGAAGCGCAUGUCUAUGGCCAGUACCACCUCCACCCGCGCUCCUCUCAAACCCACCUCGUCUUCUAUCGAUCGUAGAUCGAGUGUUGCUGGUACCACCGCUGAGAGGAAGCCCACCACUACAACUGCGCGUACGGCAACCUCGACGAGCAAACCCGUGGGGAGGCUGACUUCAUCAACGACACCUGCAAGCCGGACAGCCACUUCCACCUCCACCACUAGACCUGCUACUGCUCGGCCAACUUCGACUGCGAGCACCGUAAGAUCUGCCACUGCAGCUGACCCCAAGAGGCGAUUGAGUACGGUUCCUGGAUCAGCUGCCCGAGCUGGUGAUUCCGACAAGCUGCACGCCCUGCAGACUAAGCUCACGGAGAGCGAGGAGACCGUGGCUAGCCUGAAGACUGAGUUGGAGAGUGUCAAUGAGAAGCUUAGCCAGCUUUCUGUCUCGGCCGAAGAGCCCCUGGGUGAUGCUGGUGCCACCGAAGCCAUUCGGGCGGAGCACACCGCAGAGAUUGAGAAGUUGGCGUCAGCCCAUGCAGAGGAGCUCCAGGCCCUGCAAGAGCGACUAAUCGAAGCAGAGUCCGAACGGAAAGAGCUCGAGGAGAGCUCGCAAAAGGAACUAGAGGAAGCUAGACAAUCCGCUGCCGCGCAAGGGGAUGACAAGACAGUUGCCCUUCUUGACGAGCUCAAGUCAUCACACCAAACGCAACUUGAGGCCAUCCAAAAUGAGUUGGCAGAGCACAAGUCUGCAGCCGCUCACUUUGAGGAGCAGAUUGGGGCUCUGAAGAAGGAACUUGAGUUCCAGAAGCUUGCCCUGGAAGAAGAGAAAGCCCUGAACCUCGACCAUUUCAACAGAGAGCUUAAGGGCCGUGAACAGGUCAUGGAGACCCUUAACAUGGAGAUUGUCAAGCUGAAUACACUCAAGGAGCAGGAGGUUCGUGCUGCCGAAGAGUCAGCCCAGGAGAGUGUCUCUAGUCUUCAAGAGCAAGUAACCUCCCUCGAGGCGAAGCUUGCUGCGGCCGAGUCUGCUACCCAGGAAAGCUCCGAGAAGAGCACUUCGAUCGCCGAGAAGGAUCAAGAAAUCACAGAGCUUAAGCAGGCCCUUGAGAAAAUUCAAAGCGAACUCCAGGAGGCACGCGAUACCGCGGCCACUGAACUUUCAUCAAAGGUCGAGGAGCUAGAAACAGCCCAUGAGGCUGCUAUCGCAAGCCUCAAGGCUGAACACGAAAUUGCUAUUAGUGAUCUUUCGGCUUCCCACGCAGAGAAGCUCACUGUUGCCAUGGCGGCGGCGGAAUCGAGCGGGACAGAACACACCAGGCAACUCCAGGAACUCCGUGAUGCUCUCGAGGCGUCUAAGGCCACUGCCCAGAAGGGACAAGAGGAUGCUGUUGCUGAGCUUAAGACCAUGCACGAAGCAGAACUCAAGUUGCUGCAAGAAAAGCUGGCGGCUUCUGAGGAUGCCCUCGGCGAAUCCCGUCGUGCAUUGGAUGAGGGUAAUGCUUCUGCACAAGACCUCGCCAUCCAGGAGAUUGAUGCUCUUCGACACAAGUGUGAGUCUCUGGAAUCACAGCUGUCCACUGGCACUGGGAAAAUCAACGCACUACUCGAAGAGAUGCAGAGCAAGCAAGCCGAAGCCGAAGCUAUCUCGCGCACAUUACGGGAUGUCGAAGAUCACUCCAAGCAGGAGAGUGCUCAGAAGGACAACAAGAUGAAGGCACUGGAGCAGAAGGCUGCAGAAGCUGUGUUCCUUCUCGAGAAACACACCAUGGAGGCUGCCGGCGUGUCGGAAAAGCACGCACAGGCUCUGGAAGAGUUGAAGGCCGAACAUGCUGCUCACCUAGCAUCUGAAUUGGAACGAGCGAAGGAGGCAUCGGGCUCCCAUGACAGUGCUCUGAGUGAUCUCCAGACGAAGCACGAUGAGCUGCUUGCCGCAAACAAGGAAUUAGAGUCUAUCCACGCCACCCGGGUUCAGUCGCUUGAGGCUGAAUUGAAGACGGCACUCGAAAGCCACGCUCGUGAGAUUGCUACCCAUACUGAGGGUCGCGAAAAGGAGACCGCCGAACUUCAGACUCAAUUCGAAGAGACCCAGGCGAAGUUGCGAGCCGAGCUUUCCACUUUGCAGAGUUCUAGCAAAGCUGAUGCCCAGCUUCACGAGCAGCAUAUCGCCGAACUGCAGAAGGGCUUCGAAGAGACCAAAGCCCAGCUCCAGGCUGAGAUCGAGGCUGCCCAAUCCUCCAGAGCUGCUGAGCUCGAUGCUGAGCACAGCAAGGCAAUUGCCGAACUGCAGGAGGGAUUUGAAGAGACUAAAGUAAAGCUACAGGCCGAGAUUGAAGCUAUUCAAGCCUCCAAGGCAGCUGAGAUCGAUGCCGAGCACGGAAAGGCAAUCGAGCAGCUCUUAACCAUGCAUGAGGCCAAGCUGUCCGGCCUUAGAGAAGAGCUCGAAACUUCCAAUAAGACCAAGAUUGACGAUCUCCAGAAGGCCCACGAUGCAGCACUGGCCAGUGUUAACGAGCAGCUAUCUCAGGCCAAGGCCGCUGCCCAAGACACCUCCGCUUCGGAUGACUUGAAGGCCACCGUCGCUGAUCUGCAGGCCAAGCUUGCUGACUCUGAAAAGGCCCACCUUGCGGUCCAGGAAUCUGCCACCACUGCUUCCAGGGAAAUCGAGGAUCGUUACUCCGCCGAGCUCGCCAAGAUCCAGGCUGAACAUGCUGCACUUGGAAAGAAGUACGAAGCCGCCGUCGCCCAGGUGAGUGAACUCGAGAAGCUUGCCAAGGACUCGGACAGCCAUAAGUCGCACCUCGAGUCGAUCAUGAAGCAGCUCUCUGAGUCUCGCGAUCAGCUCCUCAAGGUCAAGGCCGAUAACGCCGCCAUCUCCGACUCGCUCGUUGAUUGCAAGAACCAAAACAAGACCUUGUCCGAGAAGCUUGAAGCUGGCGAACGUGACCUGAAUGACCAGAUCGACAAGAACAUGGGUCUUCUUAACCAGCUUGGCGAUGUUGAUUCUGCCAUCUCCGCCAGCCGGCGACGGGUUCGCGAACUUGAAACUGAGCUCGCAGUUCUGAAGGCUGACAGUGGCGAGAAGAGCAGCUCUUCGGGCUUAGAGGCUAGCCGGUGGGCAACAGCUGAUGAGGGGAGCGAGAAUGCUGAAGAUGGGGGUCCAGCCACAACGGAAGGUGAGGACCUAGGCCCAUCCAUUGAGGGAACGGUGGGAGAUCCCCGAUUGAAGAAGUCUUCCUACUCAUCAGAUCUUCCCGCAUUCCACCCAUUCACAUGA